UAAAGCGCAUAGGGAGAGAAAGUUACGGUAUGUUUGGUGUCGUGGCUUAAGUUUUAUAGUGUGUUAGUGUGACACUGCGAAGAGCACACGAGAGGCCAAGUCCUCUCCUUUUCACUGCGGUUGCGAAACCUCACUUCCAUUCCAUGGUAAUGGAUGCACCCAAUCCUUCUUCCUCCGCCGCCUCCUCCUUCCUCGCCAAUCUCCCCUCUCGAGGCCACUUCUCUUCCACCGUCGUUUCGUCCAAUCCGGUACUUCAAUUCCCCUUUUUCUCUUCUCAUUCUUUAUAUUUUUUCGAUUUCGGAUUUCGAGACCUACCUACAUUCACUGCGAUGAUUUCAGAUCCGUGUGCUUUCAGAACGUUUUCUCCCUCUGCCUUUUCUGGCAAUGUAUUGAAUAUAAACUUCUUCAUAGAUGCUGUUGGAGAAGACAAUGAGAAGGAGAAAAUGAAUAUAGUUUUUUGCACAGAGCAACUUAUGCACGGGGGGAGAGGGCCUAUAUAUGCGAUUCAUGAUACAUCGCCACCAGAAGGUCAACAUAUUAAGACAAACCAACAAAACAUACUGAUUAGAUCACUCACCCUCAAGAAACAAAGGGGCGAUUCCAGCUCAAAGGAUGGAUCUGAUGGUUCCAGAAAGAGGAAUGCUGAAAAGGUUUUGGAAAGAUCUUCAGCCAAGAAAACAAAUAAUCAAAUAAAUUCCCGACAAGAGGGAUCAAACAGUCAAACAGCCACUAGGGACUUGCACAACCUGACGGUAGAGAGACUUCGUGCUCUUUUGAAAGCUAAAGGUCUUUCAACCAAGGGAAAGAAGGAGGAGCUUAUUACUCGUCUAAAAGACGCAACUGGUUAAAGCAUAGCGUGGUGGUAGGAAUAUCCUGUUCAUUAAGCAUCCAAUGUAAGAGUAGUUAGUGUUUAAUGUAACUUAGGAUCUGGAACUAAUAUAUAUAUAUAUAUACAUACAUACCCAGUGCAAAAUACAGUUACAGAUGAAUAUUAUCGUUUUGGAGCUAUUACCGUUUCGCGACUAUCAAGUAUGUUUGUUGGGGCAUGAUUUGUAGGGGUCAACUACAGAAUUGGACAGUCAAUGGUGGUUUUCAAGUUUUAAUUACGAUCUGCGGUUGCAUCCUUGUCUUUAGCAUAUCAACUCUUGUUAAGUUAGACAUGUAACGGUUACCAAUAACAUGAGGAAUAUCUUGUAUUGUUAACCAUUGCAUUGAGAUUUUUUAAAUAAUCAAGUAGUCAAUUCCAACAUC